AUGGCCUCGAUCGACAUGGAUGCUUCGGCAGCCGCCGCUAGCCUUGACAGCCUGCACAGCGCGCUCUCCAAGAUUCGCCACCACACCAACUCGAAACUCGAAAACCAAAAGGGUCCUGCACAGCUGCUCGUCGCUGUCGAAGCAACCCUCGGCGAGCAAGACGCUUCCCAUGGCUCCACAUCUGCAUCGGGAGCAGCCGCCUCUCGGCAUGCUUCCGCUCAGCGUGCUCCCGCGGAGUACUUUCUCGCCCUCGAGUCGAUGCUCGAGCUGGCCAAAUCGCCCUCCUCGCCGCCUUCGCUCAUGAACAACGUCGUUUAUCUCUUGUCCAUCGUCGCCCCCCAUGUCUCCUCAGGCAUCCUCCGCGCCAAGCUCGCUUCCAUCGUCCCUGCCAUUGGAAAGCUGCUCACCAACCCUCACCCCACCACCUUCAACGUCAACGACACCUCGGCCGCAGAGAACUACGCAUCCGCGCUCAAGUCGGCACUGGCCAUCCUCCAAGCCAUCUACACGGCCUUUGAGUCGGACGUCUCUGCCCUCGAAAGGGAUGUUCCUCUGCGUUCCUGUUGGUCGGCGACCCUCAAUCUCUGCGCCGAUUCGCGUCCUAAGGUGCGAAGACGUGCGCAGCUCCUCGCCACCACCAUCCUUCCCACCACGGCCGCUGCUUCCGUCAAACCGUAUCACCCCUACCUCAAGCUCACCUUUGACUGGAUCAUCUCGACUUUGACGCAUGUCGCUGAUGCCGGCUCCGUUUCUUCCUCGAGCACCAAGAACAAGAAUACCAAGAACAAGAAGAAGGACGACCCACUCCACCCGAAGUACGACCGAAAGUCAGGUACAGCCAAGCAAGCACAAGCCGCCGCCGCACUCCGACAGAACCAAGGCGACACUGCCUCCGUCGGCAUCUGGGUUUGCGGCUUUGCCAAGCAGAUGAUCAACAUCCUACCCAUCUCACAGGUCGACGAACUCGUGGCUGCCCUGCUCCGCUUACCAGGUAUUCAAAACCCCUUCCUCACCGUCGCCGCUUUCGACGUGUUCGAGGCCUUCCUCAAGGCCUGCCGACCCAGUAUUUCUUCAGGCGCAGCUCAGGCAGAUGCGCUCCUCAUCCAGUCGCACGUCACUUCCACAUCCAGCAGCAUUGGCGAAAACGCGCUGGCCAGUCUUCUCGAAUCGCUCCGCUCGCCCGCCUUUGUCCCCUCGACUUCCGACGUCCAGUUGCUGCCUGCCUACCUCCGCGCACUCGAGCACGCCAUGUCUGCCUAUUCGCGAUUCGAGAAAGGCGUGCCUGCAUGGCGUCUCGCUCCUCAGGUCUGGAUCGACGUCUUUGCGCUUUCACUCAGUGCCAAGUCGGAUGCAUCGCGCACCGCCCCUGCCGUUCGCUCUGCCGGUCGUGACACCUUGAUCGCCCUUUUGCGGUACUGCGUGCCCGAUGCUGCCAUCGCCGAUUCUCUCAAGGCAUCCUUCUCCAAGAAGAAGGCCGCCAACACUCCUUUGCUCGACAUGAUCCAGUCGAUCGAGGACGCGCUGGGCAAGGACUCGCUUCAGUACAUGCAUUCGCGUGCCGAAAUCCUCUCCGUGCUCGCCUCGCUCAUUGCGCGCCUCCGAUACCACUACGUGCCCAACACGCUGCCUCCCCACCCCGCUGCUGCCUCGCUCACCAUGCACAUCGUCCAGACCAUUGCCCAGCUGCGUCAGCAAGACAACUUUGAGCACCGCGAGUACGCCGACGCGGUCAUCGCUGCUGCCGUCGAAGUGUGUGGCCCGCGUCUGCUCCUGGAUGCUUUACCUCUCAAUCUAUUUGGCGAGGCAGACGGUCCGGGUCGUGCCUGGCUACUCCCGCUAAUCCGUACCAAGAUCAACAACACCGAGCUCGGCCAUUUCACCGUAGAUCUCGUGGCGCUGUCGGAAAAGAUCUUUAACAAGCGCCAGGAAGCUGAAACCGAUGGACGUCCUGUCGAGGCCAAGAUGUACGAGGCACUCACCGAGCAGAUCUGGGCACUCUUCCCUGCCUACUGCGCCAUGCCUCGCGAUCUGCUCUCUGCCUUUACUCGUCCGUUUGCCGAGCUUUUGACGAACGUGCUCUAUACACAGCCCAACCUGCGCCCCUCGAUCUGCCGAGGUCUUCAAGCCCUCGUUUACCGCAACGAAGCGCUCGUCUCGUCUGGUGCUCCCUCGGAUUCGCUCAAGCAUGCUUUCGGACUCGACCAGGAGGACGGCAAGGCCAACAUUGCUCAUCUCUCGGCCAUCGCUCCCAACCAGCUUGCCGUUCUCUUCAAUGUCUUUUCGCAGUCGCCGGGAGAAGGCCGUGGUUUCGUCUACGACACCAUUGCAGCCUAUCUGCGCGUCAUGUCGCCGCAGGACGUGCAGAACACCUACACCAAAGUCAAGACCACGCUCGAGCAGGCGUUGCCCCAGCUUUCCACCAAGCAGAAGCGCAACCAGAAGGAGAACCCCAACACGCCGCCACCUGUGCCUUACACGAUGCUCGAUUUGCUCUCCGCGCUCAUCCCGCAUCUCGACAAGAGCGCGCACGGCUCGGCCGCUGACCUCUUCGCACUCAUCUGCCAGGACAAUGUGCUGCGCUCGCACGAUUCGACGGUGCAGAAGAAGAGCUACCGUAUCCUCAGCCGUCUGCUCGAAGGCGAUGCCGGCAAGCAAAUCCUGCUUGUUACUGACGGGGCCCAAGGCGCAAACCGAGUGGGAGAUUUGCUCGACAAGCUGCGCGAGUCGACGGCCAGCGUCGCGCUCGGUGCCAAGCGCGACCGUGUGCUCCUCCUCGCCACCCUCGUGCCCAGCAUCCCUUCCGACGAGCUCCACCACCUGCCCAGCAUUAUCCCUGAAGCGGUGUUGGCCACGAAGGAGGUCAACGCACUCACGCGUCAGAAUGCCUACGAGCUGCUUGUCCAGAUGGGCUACAAGAUGGAGCAAGGCGGUGUCAUCAACCGUGCGCUCGUCGAGGGUCACGGCGCAGCUGCCGCCGAAGCAGAACAAGACGACAGCGAGAUGCCCGAAGGCGGUGUUGUUUCGGCCUCGAUCAGUGAAUAUCUCACCAUGGUCGCGGCCGGUCUGGCCGGUACCACGCCGCACAUGAUCAGCGCCACCAUCACUGCCCUUUCGCGCCUCGUGUACGAGUUCAAGGAGACGCUCGAGCAGAGUGUCCUGGACGAACUGCUUAGCACGAUCGAAGUCUAUGUGCAGUCGGCCAAUCGCGAAAUUGUCAAGUCGGCCAUUGGUUUUGUCAAGGUGGCCAUUGUCGAUUUCAACACGGCGCUGAUCGACUCACACCUGCCCAAGCUCAUCCCUGCCCUGCUCGGAUGGUCGACGGAGCACAAGCAGCAUUUCAAGGUCAAGGUGCGACACAUUUUCGAGCGCCUGCUGCGUCGGUUCGGUUUUGAACGCAUCUACCAGCUUACGGACGAAGACAACCGCAAGCUGAUCAACAACAUCCGCAAACGCAAGGAGCGGGCCAAGCGCAAGAAGGCCGAUGCUGCUGCUGAGCGCGAGGCUGGCGUGCUCGAGGACGACGAUGACGAGCCCGGCCUGGCGCCUCGCAUUCUUAAGACGAAAGGCGGUAACGAUGCGUUCGAGGAGGUGGUGUACGGCUCCGAGUCGGACAUUUCCGAUUCGGACGACGAUGCUGACGCAGAAGAAGGCAAGGCCGAGGGGCGCAAGGGCGGUACAGCGGCUGCGCUAGCUCGCAACCGCAACCGCAAGAACGGCGGUGAGGGCGAGCGAGAGCGCGGCAAUCGCCGUCGCGCCAAGCAGCAGGACGAGGCGUACAUCGAGAUGGACGACGACGACGACGUUCCCAUGGACUUGCUCGAUCGCAGUGCCACCGCGCGCAUCUCACUCACGAACCCGAACGCCAAGAACGCCGCCAACGGCCGCAACAAGAAGCGUCAGCCCGGCCAGGAAGCGAGCAAGUUUGCGCUCGACGAGGCCACGGGACGCAUGCUCAUCGACGACGACGACGAGCCUGCCGGUGGUAAGGCGAAGCGUGUCUCGUUUGCUGACGGCGGCAGCGACGGCCAACCUGUCGAUGUGGAAGGCGCCGGCACCGCCUACAUCAACCAAGCACGUGGUGUCGACGGUAUGGCGCAGGUACGUGGAGGAGCGGUCAAGUUCAACAAGAACAACAAGCGCACGCGCGAAGCCGAGCGCGAGAUGGAGCUGGAGCAGAUGGCACUCGAGGAGUCGCAGGAUCGAGCACGACAGGUCCAAUCGGGCAGACCGACGACGCAGGUCGACAGGAAGAAGCGCGUCAAGGAGACGAUCGGCAAGGAGUUCCGUGCGAAGCGCGGCGGCGGUGAUGUGAUCAGGAACGGCAAGAGUCCGUACGCCUAUGUGCCGCUGAGCCAGGUCGCGGGUAAGAAAGCAGGCAAGAACAGCGACAAUGUGUCGUACACGGGCAAGGGCGACAAGAGCCGAAAGCGUCGUUAG